AUGCCACUGCCCUGGCGCUAUCGCGACGAGAGGGCAACAGGAUUGAGCGCACGCUUUUCCACGCGCGCCUGUGAGAUUCCGUUGAUCCUGACUGUAUGCCUACUGCUUGUCAGUGGAUGCAACGCUCGGCUCCGCACCGAAGUUGAGACCCUGGGUACCACGCUCACACGCGCCUCGGAUAGUUCGAACCACUACAUUUGUUCUCCGAAGACGGACGCAGGUCCUGAACUGCUCGAGGUGGGCGGUGAACUGGAAGACGGCCCGCCGGCUACGACGACGACAACAUCUUCCAGCCAACCGAAAAGCAUCGGUAGAGCUUCUGUGACCUUGAAUCGCGAGUCUCGUGCGUUGACUUGGGAGUGCAGAGGUGGAGGGGACUACUUGCCCUUCAGCGGGCUCGAAAGACGCCCAGAAGUUUGCCCGCUGUCUCUGACGGAGAGAAAUGACUGUGAUAAAGGCAAGGUCUUUCUUGCGGAUUUCAUUCCGCAAGCAAAAGCGGACUGGUUUGCAGUUACAGAGAUUCAAGAGGUGGAAUCCUCAAGAACGACUACGCUAACGGACACAGAGGUAGAACCGGCAAGCCAUAAGUACGUCCUGACGAUCCCAGAGAAUGGCUUCCCUCCCGUCCCGACGCGAUUCAACCUCGGGUGCCGCUACUCGAACGGAGACUACUGUAUGAUCAGCGCCACAGUCGAAGCUGUGCACGCUGACGCGGCUGAGCAGACGGCAGCAUGCGUGUAUUCUGACGAGAGCCCAGUCAUUUAUGAGCUGAAUAUGUCAGAAGAGAACAACUCUAUCAGACUCAUUUGUGGCGUAGACCGCUUUCCUCAACCGUGGGUGUAUGGCCACGAAUACUGCUCGGGGGAUUCCGUCGACCCAGGCAGGUGCAAGUCUAGAAUGAUGACAGACAUUCUUCCCACCUUCAACACAGACUGGUGGAAGGGGAUACCAGAGUCCUCUGAAGGCGCUGUUUUUACAAUUCCCGAAGACGACUUCCCCGUGGAAACGACCUCGUUCCUCGUCGGAUGCUCACGACUCAUCGACGACGCACCUUUCUGCAACGUCAACGUGACGGUGGCGGCACGAACGCGCCCGAUGCGGGAAACAACAACCCCGCCUCCCUUGUCUGGCGCGGUGUUUUCGGAGGUUGGAAGCCUCCCUGUCUCGGUAUUGAUCCCUGCAGUCCUGAUCGUGGCACAUGCAGUUGCGUAA